UAGGAGAUUUUAGAAACACAAAAUAAGAACUAUGUUUUGUGUAGGCUUACCCUGGCAUGACGUUUUAAUAACCAUGUAAAUGUCUCUUGGACAAGCUUUUAUCAGUGUAUUCGCCUGUGUUUACCCCCAACAAAUGAAAUGUUAAUUUGCUGAUAAUGUGGCCAUCAUAAAGAACUACAAAUGCCAUCAAGAUCUGGACAAGACUGCCAAAUAGAGGCAAAGAGAAAUGGCUUCUCCGAACCAUAGCCCGGGUGUAGAAGGGGCGGUCAGGGUAACGGCUUCGCCAGCUGGUAAAACACAGACGUUGGUGUUGGCUUUGGCUUCUAACCUGGCCGGGCUCCGCGGUAAGAAGAGACCUGCUAACACCGCCAUCUCUCCUGCUGUACUGGCCAGUGGGAACAACAGCAAGAAGAAGAAAUUUCAGCCCAUCGCAAACCCGACACAAGCACAGGUGACUGCAGUGGAGGCGGUGUCUGAGGGGAAGGCAGUGGGCGUGUCUGACGCUGUAGGUCCAAUCACAACGGAACCAGCAGCCAAACCCCUGCCCUUCAAAGACCCAAUAUUUGUGCAUUCAGGGAUAGGGGGAGCUGCAGCAGGAAAAAAGAACCGGACCUGGAAAAACCUGAAACAGAUUCUGGCAGUGGAACGGACUCUACCCUGGAAGAUCAAUGACCCCAAUUACUACAGCAUCGAUGCCCCUCCCUCCUUGAAGCCAGCCAAGAAAUACUCAGACAUCUCUGGACUCCCUGCGAACUACACUGACCCCCAGACCAAGCUGAGGUUCACGUCAUCUGAGGAGUUCUCCUUCCUGCGCCUGCUCCCCACUGACGCCGUCACCGGUUACCUGGCGCUGCGCAAGGCCACCUGCAUUGUACCCUGACCGCAAGGCCUGCUGGGAGAUGGGAGUUUAGCGUGUCUGUCAUGGCCUGGGAGGGACAUUAAACCAUCAUGGGGAACAAUGUCUAGGAGGUGUCUGGGACUCUCAGGGAGAGGGACCAACAGGGACUGUUACAGAGAGAGGGAUCCAAUGGAUACCUUUGGCCGCCUUUCGACAACAAAGGAAGCGCCUCUAGUGUCGAGAGACUAUCACUCCCAAUCUGGCUAACGUCAUGAUGGGGAUGUCUACACAGACAUUUUGAACUAGCUACUGUCUACACAGACAUUUUGAGCUAGCUACUGUCUACACAGACCUUUUGAGCUAGCUAUUGUCUACACAGACCUUUUGAGCUAGCUACUGUCUACAGAUCUUUUGAGUUGGCUACUGUCUACACAGACCUUUUGAGCUAGCUAUUGUCUACACAGACCUUUUGAGCUAGCUACUGUCUACAGAUCUUUUGAGUUGGCUACUGUCUACACAGACCUUUUGAGCUAGCUACCUGUCUACACAUCUGAGUUGGCUGUCUACAGGAAAAACAAUAGAGUGAAUAACUUGACCUUCCUAUGAUGAUUGCUCCUUGAUCUGUCUGUAAUCAUAUUUGUUUGUUAUGUUGCUGUAUGAUGAUAGUGUUGCUACUUGUUUUAUCUGCCCUCUGUAAGAUAACACUCAACAUAUUGUUACCUGUUUUUUAAUGUAUAUAAAAAACUAAAUACUUAUCAUCCUUACUGAAUAAACUAGUUGUGCCACA